AUGAGAAGAAAGUUUGGGACAGACACGAGGAAGCACCAACGCCAAACGCCCCUGUGGGCACCACUACCGCCGGGCCUGGCAAACCAACCCCCCCAGCCGCCUGUGGCAAAAAAGGUGCAGAAGCCGAAGGGCGCCCAGACCGCCGCCGGUGAUGCCCCCGUCCCAGAACCCGCCCCCACCACUAAGGACAAGAUACUCGCCAACAUCUCCCUAGCAAAAUUCUCAGAACCCAUACUAGGCAAACAAACCCCACCCCAGGAACACAUAAAGCCCCAGUCGUCUCCUUACCUGGCCGUCCCUGGGUGGUCAGCCCAGCGGCCGCAGAUCCUCCGGAAGUUGCCCCUGAUGAUCCAGCAGAAGACGAAGCCGGCUCCACAGCAGGCCGCAGACACCCGCGCCCGUCAUCCUCAGGUCCAGAGCCCGGAUCCACUUCACCCUCUUCCAGGGCCAGCACCGCAGGCACCUCAUUACCAGUCCCAAGGAGAACAGAGGAAGAGUGCGCCACCUGGUGGUACUGCUCCUGUACCACCAGGCCAGAGGAAAAUGUUGAACUCCCGGCUCCAGCCGGAGCGCAGGUCCGUCUCUCACCAGCAGGGUCGCAGGAAGACACUCCAGGCCUGGAGCCAGUGCAGACACCGCUCCGCAUCACCACAGCUGCCCGCCACCCAGAUCUACUCGCCGAGGUACAGGUAA